GCUCAAGGGCAUAUAACUCCAAUGAUGCAACUUGCAAAAGCCCUUCACUUGAAGGGUUUCUCAAUCACAGCUCUCCAGACCAAGUUCAAUUACUUUAUCCCUUCAGAUGGCUUCACAGAUUAUCAAUUCGUCUCAAUCCAAGAAAGCUUGCCGGAGUCUGAUUUCAAGAAUCUCGGACCAAUACAGUUUAUGCUUAAGCUCAAAAAAGAGUGUCAGGUGAGCCUCAAGGCCUGUUUAGGUCAGUUGCUUCUCCAAAAAAGUAAUGAGAUAUCAUGUGUCAUCUACGAUGAGUCCAUGUACUUUGCUGAAGCUGCAGCCAAAGAGUUUAAUCUUCCAAACGUCAUUUUUAGCACAACAAGUGCCACAGCUUUUAAAUGUCGCUCUGUAUUUGAGAAACUCUACGCAAACAAUGUUCUGGCUCCCUUGAAAGAACCAAAAGGACAAGAAGAAGAGCUAGUGCCAGAGUUAUAUCCCCUGAGAUACAAAGACUUUCCGGUUUCACGAUUUGCAUCAUUAGAAAGCAUAAUGGAGGUGUAUAGGAACACAGCUGACAAACGGACAGCUUCCUCUGUGAUAAUCAACACAGCGACUUGUCUAGAGAGCGCAUCUCUAACUUUUCUGCAACAACAACGGGUAGAAGUUCCAUUUUAUCCUAUAGGCCCUCUUCACAUGGUGGCCUCAGCUCCUGCAAGUCUGCUUGAAGAGAACAAGAGCUGUAUCGAAUGGUUGAACAAUAAUUCCAAAGUUGUUUCUAGAGAAAGUAUCAUAUCCUAAAAAAUCUAUAAGUGAUGCCAAAAUGUAUUUGGAUAAUAACUGACUGGAAAAGACAUGGAGGCCAUGAAUAAACAAAACACAUUUCAUUUCUCUAGAGGUUCACAAUCACUCUAGUUUAAGCUAACAUCGACGAAUAGAAUCACUAUAAACCUCAUUACUAGGAUAAAAGAAUGACCAUAAACUCUUGCCUAAAGUCUAGAAAACUAUUAAGAUACAUGAACAUAAAAGAAACAAAAGAAAUGGAUCAA